AACCUGAAAAGAACCUUGCAGAAGUGUAAAAUGAUGGGAUGGAUGGAGCAGAUUUCUGGUCAUGGACUCAGUGGGUCAUACCAGCUAAGCUAUCCGUAUUACCCAAGCCCGGCAGUUCUGUUUCCAGAAAUGAUGGCAAAACUUAAACAGAAGGAAGGACAGACGCUCAAACGCAAGAGAAGUGAUGAAUCUGAUGAAGAAUCCGAAGAAGCGGCAGAAGAAGAAUCUGAAGAGGAAGAAUCGGAUGAGGAUGAGCCUCCUCGAAGAAAGAGGACCCAGCGUGCAAACCGAACGUCUGCGUCUAAAGCUCGUCAAAAUAAAAGGGCUAAAACAGUCAGCAGAAAACCUCCUGCUUCAAAGAGAUCAGUUGCAUCGGCCAAGAAAGCCCCUCCACCAGCCAAGAAACCAGCCGCUGUGAGCAAAGCAGCGUCUCGAAAGGUACCAGCGCCUGUUAAAGCCACACCAGUCAAGAAGGCCACACCAGUCAAGAAGGCCACACCAGUCAAGAAGGCCACACCAGUCAAGAAGGCCACACCAGUCAAGAAGGCCACACCAGUCAAGAAGGCCACACCAGUCAAGAAGGCCACACCAGUCAAGAAGGCCACACCAGUCAAGAAGGCCACACCAGUCAAGAAGGCCACACCAGUCAAGAAGGCCACACCAGUCAAGAAGGCCACACCAGUCAAGAAAGCCAUACCAGUCAAGAAAGCCACACCAGUCAAGAAAGCUGCCCCAACCAGUAAACCGAAAACACCAGUAGCCAAAAAGAUGACAAGCAGGGGGUCCAAACGGCCGUCGCCCAAAGCAGCUAAGAAGGAGGCAACUGAAUCUGCCGUGAAGGCUAAGCCAGCCGCCCGCAAGUCACUCCGAGCCCGGAAAUGAAUCCCGCGCUUACCGAUGGCAGAAAAGAUCAACUGUAGUUGCGUAGACUGCAGUGCUGGCUAUUUUCUCCUCUUAUUUUUGUAGAAACUUCCAUGUUCUCCUCGUCUUGGGGCCUCUGAUGAAUAUAGGACCUCUUCAAAGUUAUUCUGCCAUUCAAAUACAGGCAUUUUAUGUUCAAUAUUCUUAAAUUACAGGUAAAGGUAUAGCAUAGAAAUGCUACUGUUUGUUAAGAUGCUCAUUCAGGUCACCGUUAUGAGAACAUCUAGAAGGAGCUGUUCUCGCUUGUGUAUCAAGAAAAAAUCAAUUAUUUAAAGUUCCUGUAGUCAGUCUUUCUGUAGAGGCAAGCAUUUCAGUUAUUCAGUCGCCCCUUUCUCAUCAGUGUUCAUGAAAACUCUCUUUGUAAAUUUUAGUUCCAUUUUUUUGGGAGGUCAUGUUUUGUGAAUUUAGGUCUUUAGCUACUAUUGUAAUCAAGAACGUUUUGUUGAUGUUGGUUCUUUCGUGUAAGUCGAAGUAAAGAACGAUUAUUGAUGCCUAACUUUCAGUUGAACAGUCUAAAUGAAUGCACAAUUGGAUUUAUU